AUGGUGUCGUAUAAGGUGACGGUCGUGACCAAAACCAGCGUUCAUAGCGCCUACGAAUCGUCAAUUUAUAUGCAGUUAAUUGGGGAAAGGGAUUUGAGUGACGUCACAAUUCUUAAGCCUGACGAUGGUGUCCCAGUCGACCCCGAUAACUACAUACUGUUUCAGACUGGACGAACAGAUGUGUUCGACAUCGAAACCAAGUCUAUAGACGACAUCAAAGAAGUCAAAAUUGGAUUCAACGAGAAUGGAUUUGUAGAAGGUUGGUCGCCACAUUAUAUCGAAAUAGAAAAUACUUCCACGUCUAAGAAAUCAUAUUUCCCCCAUGACGGAGAUUUCAACAAAUGGAAAAACGGGACAUUGACAUUAGCCGCGACAGACGCCGUCCCACCAGCAGCUCAGGGUACACUGAACUUUAUCAUGGGACCAAUUAUUGGUUGUCGUGCAUUGUCCGUGGAAGAUCAGUAUCAAAUAUGUGUGUUGCUCGUGACGUCAAAAGACCAGAAUGCAUUGCCGCCCGUGACGUUCGAUUACGCCACCAAUGAUGCAAGUAAUUCAGUCAAUGGACAAAGUGAUGACGUCAUCACCAUUGCCGAGUCAAAAAACAAGAAACUUUGGCGAUAUGAUUGGAGCGUACCGUGGCAUACUACAAAGGACGGGAAAUGUACAUACACCAUACCGGAUGGACGUAGUUUCACAUUUUACAUUCCAUCCCAGAAGUCAAAUCCAAGAUUCACUUUUGGUUCAUGUGCCGCGUUGUCAUCUGCGCACAGAAUUCAAGACAAUCCCAAUAGGAAUGUCAUGUGGCAACACAUGCGCAAAGAACACGAGACAGAGCCUUUUCAUUUGAUGGUGAUGGGUGGUGACCAGAUCUAUGCCGAUGGCGUACUUGCUGAGGUAAACGAUUGGGUGUAA